CACAACACAAAGAAAACAAUACUCAGAACAUCUUGAAGUAGAACAACAAUGGGACUUAGCUCUCUACUUCAACCAAAAAGCCAUGGUGGAUAUGUCGAAACUCAGCAGUAUUAUAGCGAGCAUCGCGAUGAAUACUACCCGAAUCCCGGACAUGGGAAGCGCCAUUAUGAUCACUAUCCAGAGAAUGGCUUUCACGGCAACAACAGUGGGUCAAGCAUGCAGAUGGUGAGGCCUUAUCCCAACAUUGUUACUCCUCAAGCCCCGCAUCAUCAUCAACAACCAGUUGGUCAUGAUGGCUACUAUGAAAAGCCUCAUUACAACUAUGGUAAGCCAUCAAACUAUGACGCCGGCUACUAUGGCGAUCACAAUGGUCAAUACAGUCCAAAUCGCCACGGCCAUGGCUAUGAUUAUGACCGCCACAUGUAUGGAGGACAUGGACAUGGACAUGGAAAUAUGUACCCGAAUGGACCUGCUCGGGUCGAAUCAUCAUCCAUGGGAUUCAGCUACGAGCGCAUGGGUCAUAACAACAGGGGUCCUGAGGUUGCUAAGUGGAUAGCCAGGGGAAUAGAUGACUGAAUCUGAAUGUUGUUAAUGAAUCUCUGCCUCCCGGACUGAAAAUAAUAACUUUAAUAUAACAUAAUGCGUGAUUGUAAUGGGUUUUGCCAUAUAUAGCUAAAAUCAGCCCUCAUAAAUAACAUUGACAAAUUUCCUAUAUAUAUAUAUAUAUAUAUAUAUCAGCUAAACGUCUUGCUGCAUAUGUGAAAUCUAGUACUACAAUUAUUCAACGAAUGUAUCUAUUCUAAUGAAAAAUCGUGGUUAAGUUAUGAAGACCAGUUUUGCAAACCAGAGAUGUGAAAUAUGCGUAUUGCUUGUGCUUAUUAUCCAAAUUUAUGAUCAAGAUCGUUAUCCUUUCAUCUGCAUAGACUAUAUGCCUGCGGAGAUAUAAUUAAACUAUAUAUAUUUCGGAAUCUGUGAUGUUAAUAAGGACCACUAAAACUAGUUAAUUUCCUCGCUAAAGCUUCAAAUCAUUAAGACAGUCUUGAUUGAGACCAGAAAGUGACAUUGAUACCCAACCUUCCUUCUCUUUCAUUUUUAGGGAGACUGUGGAAAAGUGAUCAAUCCUCGCAUGAUUCAAUCGCGUGCCGUUCCACACCUUGAAUCGAUUUUUUCGGUUUUCCUGUAUCAUCCUUUGUAAGAUUCAGAACAUUUGGAUAACAUUCACCUCCCACCAAAUUCUCAAGUGCUUCAGGGUUAGCAAGAUUUUGUGCUAACUUAUAUUGUUGGAAGGGCCAUUGUAUUUCUUUUGGUUUCA